AUGAGAAAACUCCAAGGUCAUAACACUUCCUUCCUCCCUUUCCCCACCACCACCACCGCUUCCCUGCACUGUAUUCGCCUCCCAUCUCGCGUGCCCCUCCCCCAGCCCUUCCCCGCGCUGCUCUCAUCCGCCAUUUUCCUUGCCCCUCCGCGCCCCACCCCCCUCCCCUCCCCCCCACCACGCGCGCAUGGCGUGGCUACCAUACCAGGCGGCCCAAAGCUGCGGCGGUGGUACGGCGCAGCCGACACUCUGCCCAGGGAUGGCUCUGACGAGGACGAGGAGGGCGAGGAGACGGAGGAGGAGGGGGAGGAGGGAGAGGGGGGAGGGGAUGCCGUGUUGGUCACAGAUGCAGACUCGGACACAGGCCAGAUGGUGGUGUUGCAGCUCAUAUUGGCGCGCAGGAGGGUGAGGGUGCUCGUGAAAGACGCCAAGGAGGCCACUGCUGGGUUCGGGCCCUAUGUGCAGCCCAUAUCAGGGUCGGUGGCGGACCAAUCAGCAGUGAGAGCUGCUCUCAGGGGCACUCAGGCAGUCAUAGUCACAGGCCGGCUGGGAUCGCUGGCACAACUGCUACAGGGGAGCAAAGUGGAGCAUGUGGUGCUGGUAUCACAGCUGGGGGCUUCGUCACGCCCAUCAGGUCUGGCAGGGCUGCUCUGGUCCGCAUCUCCGCUGGCAUCAGCGGCAGACGCCGAGGCAGCACUCGCUGCUGCUGCUGUAGCGGCAGGUGGUGACGGGGAGAGGGGAGCAGCAGAGGAGGCGCGGAGGAGGGGGUUUGGGUGCACGGUGGUGCGAGGGGGGAAGGUGGUGGAUGAACCUGGUCGGCAGAAGGGGCUGCUGCUGGGACAGGGCAACACCAUGAAAGGAAGCGUGUCAAGGGAGGAUCUGGCAGCCGUGGUGGCGGCAGUGCUGGCAGUGCCACCGCCCUGCCAGCACCGACGCAUCAUUGAGGUGAUCAACUCCGAUACUCCAAGGGACUCCAACGAUGGAUCUGAUUUCUUGGAACAAAUAGCUGGGCUUUCGACAGAGCCAAUCCUGACCUGA